AUGGCGCCCGGUCUGCUAUCCUACAUCCCCAUUGUCAACCGCUUGGUCGCGGACAGCGAGCAAGCGCACGCCAUCGACAUCCCCGCCGUCAAGGUCCACGAUGUCGAGACCGAUCACGACAAGCGAGCGCGGUGCCUCAAGCACCUGCUGAGGGCGAACCACGUCAACCACUCCGUCAUCUACCACAACCUACAGUACGACAAUCAUGCCCCGCACAUCCUCUCCUCCGCCUACCUCCUCGGCGCCAAUGACCGCCAGUUGCAAACCAUCUACGAAGCCGAGGCGAAGGAGCUCGAGCCCUGGAAAGAAUCCCCCGCCGAGGUGACCGAGGAAGACUGGAGGGACCUCUUGGGGGACAAGACAUACCAGAGAGCGUACCUCGACUUCUUCGAGGACUCGCUGGCCUACAGCUCGUACGACUGGAAGAAGGUUGUCGACAAGUUCAUCUUCACCGGCGAGGAGCCCCUGAUCCACGGACUUAUUGGCGGUCUUGGCCACCCCCUCAUCCACCUCGGAUACGCAUACGAGAUGAACUCGAAGGAGAUUGCCAUCGAAGCACUCACCCUGGCAGCCACGCAAUACAACUUCUUCCACAAGUACCUUGACGACAAGUCCUACACGAGAUCCUCGCCAUUCAGCUCCAAGUCAACAUUCGAACUGGUCGACAAGUUGGCAGCAGACAGCCGUCUCGACGGUCUGUUCAAGGAGCCGGCGUUGGAGAACCUCGACGCCUUGUUCGACAAGCACGAGGGCCUCGUCCUGGAAUACUGGAAUGCUUGGACCAUCACCGAUCCAGUGAAGCAGUUCGAAGAAUCGCAGGAGCUUGCCGUCGCGCUCCUCGUCGCGACGGUACCCCGCGGCACCCACGGAUACAACUUCUUCGCCGUGCAUCUCCUCACGACAAGCCAUGCCGUCCGCAUUCUCCUCCCCUUCAUCCCGGCCAAGUUCCACAUCGAUCUGGUGAGGGAAUGGUGGCUUCUGGUCCUCGCUGUGUAUAUAUCUCUUUUGAGACCCAAGAUUGACCCCGACAAUGUCGAGACGGAUCUAAAGGCGCGACACUGGGGCCACGUCGAGCACGAAGCCCUGAACUCGCAGUGGGCAACAGACGCCCACUACGUCAAAGCCAUUCGCGCAAUGAAGGAGGCGUCCAGGACAUGGGGGGACGUACACGAACGCUACUUGGCGUCUGCUCUGACCUUUGUUGACAACUUCCGCGGAUGGGUUUUCUGA